GCCCGGCCCCGCCGCUUCCCGCCGCUCCCGCCGCUGCCGCCGCUCCGCUCCCGCCAUGGCGCGGUUCGAGCCGGCGGCGCUGCCCGAGCUGCUCCCGGUGUUCUACCGCCGCCUCUUCCCGCACGGCCCCUACGGCCGCUGGCUCAGCUACGGCGGCGUGGAGAAGAAUUACUUCCAGCGGCGAGAAUUCUCCUUCACCCUGCGGGACGAUGUCUACCUGCGCUUCCAAUCCUUCGGCAGCCCGCAGGAGCUGGAGCGGGAGCUGCAGAAAAUCAACCCCUACAAAAUCGACAUCGGCGCCGUCUAUUCCCACCGGCCCAACCAGCACAACACGGUGCACCUGGGAGCGUUCCAGCCGCAGGAGAAGGAGCUGGUGUUCGACAUCGACAUGACGGAUUACGAUGAUGUCCGGACGUGCUGCAGCUCGGCCGAUAUCUGCUCCAAGUGCUGGACGCUGAUGACCAUCGCCGUGCGCGUCAUCGACCGCGCGCUCGUGGAGGACCUGGGCGUGCGGCACCGCCUGUGGGUGUACUCGGGCAGGAGGGGUGUGCACUGCUGGGUGUGCGACGACGCCGUGAGGAAAUGGUCACCAGCACUGCGGGCAGCGGCCGUGGAGUACCUGAGCCUGGUCAAGGGCGGAGCGGACUCCCUGAAGAAGGUGACCCUCGCCCACCCCGUGCACCCCUUCAUCAGGCGCUCGGUGGAGCUGGUGCAGAAAUAUUUCGAGGAUUACGCGGUGCAGGGCCAGGACAUCCUGGGCAGCCCCCAGAGGUGGGACAAGGUGCUGGCGCUGCUCCCCGAGGAGCAGCGGGAGGCGCUGCAGGCCGAGUUCCCCCGCAGGAAGGACUCGGGGCAGCGCUGGGAGCUGCUGCGGGCGCGGGCGGAGCGGGCGCGGGCGCGGGCACCCACGGGACCCUGCUACCCCGACUGGGAGGUGAUGCUGCAGUUCUGCUUCCCUCGCCUCGACAUCAACGUCAGCAAGGGCCUGGGCCACCUCCUCAAGAGCCCCUUCAGCGUCCACCCCAAAACAGGCCGCGUCUCGGUGCCGCUGGACCUGCAGAACCUGGAGCAGUUUGACCCCUUCGCCGUCCCCACCAUCACGUCGCUGUGCCAGGAGCUGGACGCGGCUGGAAGUGACGGCGAGCAGGAGGAGGCCGGGGAGACGCAGCCGAAACGGCGCACGAGGGACUACAAGAAGACGAGCCUGGCCCCGUACGUGCGGCUCUUCGAGCAGUUCGUGGAGGGGCUGGAGAGCGCCCGGAGGGGAGAGCGAAUCCUCCGGAGCGAUCUGCAAGGAGAUUUCUGAGGCCUGGACGCUGCAGGACCCACUGCCAGCGUCACAUCUUGUCAUUGUCACCUCCCCUGGCCAUGGGGGAGCCUUGGAGGAGCCAAACCACACGGGCUUGUUGCCCGUUCCCCAGUUUUUGUACCUUUUGUACUGUUUUCUACUCAAAGACCAUUAAAUGUUUCAGGUCA